CAUUGGCAAAGCUUCUGCUAGCAUCGGGGAUAACUAGUGGAGGGGAAGCCUAAACUCUUGCCUGGGAAAUUCUUACAUUUUCCAUGGAGAUUCCCCCCUGUCACUCACACCACCACCAUCACCAUUACCCUCAUCACCAUCAUCACUGACUCCACCAACCCUGCCACCACCACUGGGGCCACUGCCCUUUUGACUUCCAUUGUGUUUACACUGCUGCCACCACUGUCUCCACUCUUCUUUUAGUUUUCCUUUGAAAAAGAUGAAAAUUCAACAUAUUAUCACAUUUCCAGUAAUACUUCAUUCAAGUUUCUUAGUUUACAAAUCUGACAACUCCCUCCCUCCUUGUCCCAUUUUACCCCUAUGGUAAGUGGAAAAGAGAAGGCAAGUAGAGACUUCUUUCCCUUCUUCCUAGGGCCAGGAGAUGCUGGGCUGUGAAAGAAGUUAUCAUUGUAGAUCCACUUAUCUUAAUCUGUGAUCCUGUCUUUUGAAUACCUGUCAAGUGAUGGUUCUUAAAAUACUUAUUUUUGUCGAGUAGUGCAGCAUAGUGGAGCUUGCUGGGUGCCUCUUAUAGACCACACACAUUGCUAAGUACUUACGCAUCCAUAGACCCUUGAGAUUCAUGAGGGUUUGGUUCUGAGUUCUUUGAGAACUCCUCCAAUUCUUGAAUUCUUCUGUAAUAUGUAAUUUCUUUGAUUUUAUGAUAUAUGAUGGAGACAUAAUGAUAAUAAUAUUAAUAAUUAAUAUUAAGGAUGGAUGUGAGGAUUCAGUGAAUUCUUCUAUUAAAUAAAAUGAGCCAUGCUGCCCUGAGAUGAGAGCUGGGAAGUUUGCUGGGCCCAUUUCUCAGCUAAGUGACUCUCUCUCUCCAUCCAGUCUUGUGCCAAGAUUAAAAUCUGAACCUCACAAGAAAGACAAAUUACUGCAUGUUGUGGACCUUAUUGGUUGUAGCAAAUAGUCACAGCUUCAGAUAUAUAUCUGGAAGAACAUGCUAAAUAGCUGCUGGGCAUGAUCUUGAUUUCAUCUUGUUAUCUCAAGAACCCUAUAGGUAAAUAGUGUCAUCCUCAAUUUUUGAGAUAAGGCUGAAGCUCAGAAAGGUUAAAAACUUGCUCCAGGUCACACAGAUGGUAAAUGGAAGAAUGCUGAUUCAAACUCAGGCCUGUUUAGGAGGUCCUGCUGUGGUGCAGUAGGUUUAGGAUCUGGUGUUACCACAGCUGUGGUGUAGAUUGCAGCUGAGGCUCAGAUUCAGUCCCUGGCCUGGGGAACUUCCAUAUACCGUGGAUGUGGUCAGAAGCUAUCAAGAUUCCUGUGAGGCUGCUGAGAUGGCCCCCAGGAUUCCAUCAAUCAUGGCCAUAGCAGAAACCUACCCAACCCUUUUUUUUUUUGGCUAAUUGAUGCUUCACUCUGGGAUGCACCUAAAGGGAUGCUCUCCACUCUAUAAAUAUAAAAGAGCCUUCCAGAAGGGCAAUAUUGGCUCAAGGUCACAAGAGCCAUUGGCAACAAAACUGAGGCCAGAGCAUUCUCGCACAGGCCAGGACCCUUUCUCUGUGGGACGUCCCUGCAGAAACUACUCCGUUUCCAUACCCAAAAGGUUGAAAGUUUUUUUUUUGGUUUUUUUUUUUGUUUUUUUUUUUUAACAUAGGGAGCAAACAUAUCUAUAAGCAAAUGUAUAGGGGCUGAACAUUCUAUUUUUGGUUUCUGUGACCUAAUAAAGAUGUUGGUAAAAAAUAUACUCUCAUCCCUUCCCUGAAAAUUAUAGGAGAGGAAGGUGUUCCAGGAAUGCAUAAGAAGUCGUGAAUGGAAAAUGCAGAAUAGGCAUGUGAAUUGGCGGGGGCGGAAAGGACAGCCCCUUAGGCAGGAGCUAUGUACUUCCUUAAGAAUAGCUAUUACACUCACACACACACAAACACUCACACACACGCCCACCCAUAUGAAGCCUGGGAAUUUGCCAAGAGAGUACAUGGAGAUGCUGUCCCUGCUAAUUCUUCUUCUGCUGCAGAGCACAGUCAGUGAGUCCACCUUGAUCGCCUUGUUGGCAGCACGGAAGAACAAAAUCCUGGAAAUGAAAGCAUCUGAGCCUGGGGCAGAUGAGUCCUGCCUGAAUGCCCGGCUCAUCGCCUAUGCCUCCGACCAGGCCCACUCCUCAGUGGAAAAGGCUGGUCUGAUUUCUCUGGUCAAGAUGAAAUUUCUGCCUGUGGAUGACAACUUCUCGCUCCGGGGGGAAGCUCUUCAGAAAGCCAUUGAGGAGGACAGGGAGCGGGGCUUGGUGCCUGUCUUUGUCUGUGCAACACUGGGGACCACUGGGGUCUGUGCAUUUGACUGCCUGUCGGAGCUGGGCCCCAUCUGUGCCAGCGAGGGGCUGUGGCUCCACAUCGAUGCUGCCUACGCAGGCACCGCCUUCCUGUGCCCCGAGUUCCGGGGGUUUCUGAAGGGCAUCGAGUACGCUGAUUCCUUCACGUUUAAUCCUUCUAAGUGGAUGAUGGUGCACUUUGACUGUACUGGGUUCUGGGUCAAGGACAAGUACAAGCUACAGCAGACCUUCAGCGUGAACCCUGUCUACCUCAGGCAUGCCAACUCGGGCGCGGCCACCGACUUCAUGCACUGGCAGAUACCUCUGAGCCGGCGGUUUCGCUCUAUUAAACUCUGGUUUGUGAUUCGGUCCUUUGGGGUGAAGAAUCUUCAAGCGCACGUUAGACAUGGUAUUGAAAUGGCUAAAUAUUUUGAAUCUUUGGUCAGAAAUGACCCUUUCUUUGAAAUUCCUGCCAAGAGGCACCUCGGCCUGGUGGUUUUUCGUCUAAAGGGUCCUAAUUGUCUCACCGAAAGUGUGCUAAAGGAAAUAGCUAAAGCUGGCCAUCUCUUCCUCAUCCCAGCCACGAUCCAGGACAAGUUGAUCAUCCGUUUCACUGUGACAUCCCAGUUCACCACCAGGGAUGACAUCCUGAGAGACUGGAACCUCAUUCAUGAUGCCGCCACUCUCAUCCUGAGUCAGCAUUGUACUUCCCAGCCUAGCCCUCGGCUGGGGAACCUCAUCCCCCAAACCCAGGGCCCCAGAGCCUUGGCCAAGGAAAUGUCCUUUCCAUCUGUCAACGGGGCAGAAGAUGACCCAGCCCAGGCCAGGAAGAUCAUCAGGCAGCCUCCGAGUGUGGGAGCCAGUCUUGUGAGAGGGGGAGGUAGCUGUCAUCUUGAAAUCCUGCAGGACCCAUUUGAUGACUGCUUUUCAGAAGAGGCCCCAGAUGUCACCAAGCACAAGCUGUCCUCCUUUUUGUUCAGUUAUUUGUCUGUGCAGAAUAAGAAGAAGGCAGUGCGUUCCCUCAGCUGCAACAGCGUGCCUGUAAGUGCUCAGAAGCCACUGCCCACAGAUGGCUCUGUGAAGAAUGGCGGCUCCUCCCGGGUUAGAAUCUUUUCUAGGUUUCCGGAAGAGAUGAUGGUGCUAAAGAAAAGUGCCUUCAAAAAACUAAUCAAGUUCUACAGUGUCCCCAGCUUUCCUGAAUGCAGCUCUCAAUGUGGGUUCCAGCUGCCCUGCUGCCCCCUGCAGGCAAUGGUUUAGACCAGGGGGUUCAGCCAGAGUCCAUGAAUGUGUUUCAGGGAGUCUCUGAACCCCUCAAAAUUGUAUGCUUCUGUGGGUGAAUUUAUGUGCUUCUCUGUGUGUGCAUUUUUCUUGGGAGAAAGCUUAUAAUUUUUUAUCAGGUUCUCAUAGGGGUUCAUGACUCAUGAUAUGAUAGAAAUGGAGAGUUUAAGCCAGCGUGGUCCAAAAGAUUCUAGCAGGCUGGUGAGAGAGAAAGGGUCUAGGGUAGUGUACUGAGAGGCAGCUUCUGUGGUUUAGCUUGUGACAUGAACUAUAAUGUGAUAAUAAAUUGUGAUUGUCCCUGAAAAAAGCAUGUCCUGCGUCACAUAAUUGACCACUGAAAUAUUGAUUAAUUAACCUGGGCAUGUUCUGGAGACUAAAUGACUUUGAUUAUGAGAAAAAAGAGUUUGGAGACACUUUUGAUAUGAAGAAGGCAGGCAGCUUGAGUCAGGCACUGUGACUUCCAGUUUAUAAAUGAGGAAAUGGAGGCCCCAAGUCACAUGACUUAUAAAAGGGCAAACUCAGGCCUCUGUCUUCAAUAAAGUCCUGGCUGUUCCCACCAGACUGAACUGUUGAAGGUUGAACUUGAUCAGAAGCUCACCAUUCAGCAGGUCCCUCUCGUCCUUCACUACAGUUAAAUGUUCUCUUUCUGGUUUUGAAACUUGUGCACUUCCUCUUUUUCUUCUGGAUUCUGUAGUCAAAUAAACACUGUGCUCACAA